AUGGCGGACGCCGUGCAAGUUCUCAUCGAGGAGAUGGUUCCCGAGCUGCAGGAGCUUGGGGAGCACAAGCUGUUGACUAAGGAGGAGAUCCGAACUAUCGUGAAGAGGAGGACAGACUUCGAGUAUCGGCUAAGGAAGCGAGCAGCUGAGAAGAACGACUUCAUGAAGUAUAUCGAGUACGAGGACGCGCUUGACAAGCUGCUCUGCGCCAGAAAGAACAAGUUGGCCAAAAAGAUCAAGUUUCGAGAUUCGAAGUUUGCAAGCAUCAAGAACAUUCACUUCAUCUACGAGCGAUGCCUGCGCAAGUUCAAGCAAGACAUCGGCCUGUGGCUGGAGUGGAUCGCAUUUGCCAAGUCCCAAAAAUCCACCAAGAUGCUCUCCAAGAUCCUUGCAAGAGCCCUUCAGGUGAUGUAA